AUGUCCGACGACGAAGCAGACCCCUCCCUCCUCGAAUUCCUUCGCCAGCACCUCCAAGGCAAGCUCUCCCUCAACAGCCCCGACGACGAUGACGUCUCCCCAGAUACCGGGGUCCUCACCGACGCGGAAUGGGUCUACGACCACGGUGCCAUCGAUGUCGCGCUGGACAUGCGCUCGUGCAAGGCAGCUGCCGAAUUGAUCUACACCCAAAUGCAGCAGCGGGGGUACUCGCCCGCGACGUGGGUCAGCGCGCACGAGCUGCAUCCGGAUCCGAAGAUGUUGGGGGAGGGCAAGACGGUGGCGUUUAUUUUUGUGAUGGACUUGUUGAAUUUUUCAUUUUGGAGUGAGAAGGGGGAGGAGGAGAGGUUUGCCGUCGAAUAUAAGGGAAGGAGGUGGACGGGGUAUUGGAGUUUGGUGGCGGGGUUGAGGAGGGCGUUGGAUGAGGGCAUCCCCAUCACAGACCCCUACUUCUGGACCGACGACCUUGAGUUCACUGUUGACACCUUGCGACAAGUCUUCCGAUCCUGCACCGACGAGGAGAUGCCUCUCCUGACCGAGAGGUUCGACUGCCUGCGCGAAGCCGGCCAGGUCCUUUGCAAUAAAUACGACGCCGACCCCCUGAACCUGGUUAAAGCCGCCAAAGGCUCCGCCACACGUCUUGUCAACCUCCUAGCCCGAGACUUCUCCUGCUUCCGAGAUGAGCACAACUUCGAAGUAGAGGGGCGCACUAAACGUAUCCGGAUCAUGAAGCGCGCCCAAAUCCUCGUCGCCGACCUCUGGGCGUGCUUUGAAGGAGCUGGACCCGGCGAGUUCCGUGACAUCGACAAGAUCACCAUGUUUGCGGAUUACCGUGUGCCCCAGAUCCUGAACAGCAUGAAUUGCCUGAUCUAUAGCCCCACGCUAGAGGGCGCGAUUAAGGAUAAGAAGGAGAUUGCUAGUGGGAGUAGUUGGGAGAUACAACUCAGAGUAGCCUGCAGUAUAUGGUGUGUCGAGCUUAUCCGGAGGGAGAUCCUGCGGCAGCACCCCGGGACCAAGAUCAACGCUGUGUUGAUUGAUUUUUACCUGUACGAUGCCAUGAAGGAGAUGGAGGCACAGGGCAAGGAGCGCUUGCCGCAUCAUAGGACACGGAGUAUCUGGUAUUGA